CAAGAUUUACAGACAAGACAAAGUGCAUUCUUUUUUUAUUUAUCAUUUAUUCAUUAUUUGAAUACAGCGUAGUUGGACAGAGGUGGCUUGUCUGCAAGUCUUGUGUGAGUGUUCAUCAAUGUUUGCUUGGAGCAGGUGCUGAAAUGUUGUUUUUCUCCAGGAGUCAUUCCUGAUGAAUCUAAAGCUAUGUCGCUGCUGGCUCCAGCCAACGCUGUGGCAGGAAUGAUGCCUGGGGGCGGCCUUCUUCCAACCCCCAAUCCUCUGGCAACAAUGGGAGCGACACCGUUCAGAGGUCUUGGAGCUUCCAACAUGGAGCAGAUGGCUGCCAUGGGAAUGCAAGGCCCCAACAUGAACCCCCAGGCCAUUUCUGCAGACUUCCUGAAGCUCAUGCAGUCCAUGGACCCCAAACUUAAUCCAUUCGCGGACGGACUGAACUUGAAUGCCGGGCUGAAGAACGAUGCCUCCAAUAAGGAGAUUGAAGAGGCCAUGAGGAGAGUCCGAGAGGCCCAGUCGCUCAUCUCUGCAGCCAUUGAACCUGGAAAUAAAAAAGAUGACAAGCGCAAACGUACCCGCUCCUGCUUGCGGUCGAGGCACCGACGGACCAGAUCUCGCUCGAGACACAAACGUUCGAAGAGCAGGUCUCCCCGAAGGACCCAUUCAAGGAGCAGGAAGAGGUCCAAGAGUCCACGGAGGAGGAGGUCCCACUCCCGGGAUAGAAUCCGCCGCAGUAGAUCCAGGUCAGCACCUGCAUGUUUGUCCUCACCAUAG